ACAGACAGUUUACUGCAUCUGCACUGGAAAUUGCCGGAAGUAAAGACGCAAAACAACCUCCAGAUCUACACGGUUGAAUACGACAUUAGUUUCAGUUUAACGGUCCUGCAGCCGUGAGCUAUACAUUAAAAGAUCCCAAUCAUAGCUAUCGCAGUGUGCAAAAUGGUGAACUGUGGCUUGGUGACCAGCAAAAAUGAGCCAGUCCCUCUGAAGAGCAUAGAAGUGAAUCUGCAGGCUCAGGGGCAUGUAGCUACAGUCAGCUCCACCCUGCAGUAUGUGAAUGAGGAGCAGGGCUCCGUGGAGGCUCUUUUUGUGUUCCCUAUGCCUGCAGAGGCUGCUCUGUGCCACUUCAGUGCCAAGAUUGCAGACCAGGAGGUUGUGGCUGAGGUGCAGGAGAAAGAGAAGGCGCGAGAGCUGUACGAUGAUUCUCUGAGCUCAGGCGAGCAGGCCUUCUUAUUGGAGGAGAGUGAAGAGAGCGUAGAUGUGUUCCGGCUGAGCGUGGGGUGCCUACCUCCGGGCCAGAGUGCUGCAGUCACCUUUGUCUAUGUAACCGAGCUCUCCGUGCAGGCUGACCACUCCCUUCGCUUCUGUCUGCCGGUAGUCCUCAACCCCCGCUAUUCCCCACCAGGUGCGAGUGAUGGUAUAGUGUCAGAGAUAACACCAGGAUCUGCACAGAUUCCUUACUCACUCUCUCUUACUGCACAUCUGAGUUCUCCAAAUCCAAUCGCUAAAGUCGAAUCCAAAUGUCCUCUUAAGCCCGUGGAGUUCCUCAACGCAGAUCACACACAAGCAAAGGUAAGCCUGUGUGCAGGUCAUAAAUUUGACAGAGAUGUCGAGCUGUUUCUGUAUUAUCAGAAUACCCAUCAGCCCACUGCUAUAGUGGAGGCUGGAGUACCCACAGCUCAGCCAGGGUCUCUUAUGGGAGAUUCUGUAGUCAUGCUAAGUUUGUAUCCAGAAUUCCCUGAGGCAGUCACAUCAAUGGUGUCAUCUUGUGGCGAGUUUGUGUUUGUAAUGGAUAGGUCUGGCAGUAUGAGCUGCGAGAUGCAUAACGGGCUAAAUGCAGAAGAGCGUAUCAAGAGUGCCAGAAACACCCUGCUGCUGCUGCUAAAGAGUCUCCCCAUGGGCUGUUACUUCAACAUCUAUGGCUUCGGUUCACACUAUGAGUCCUUCUUCCCGAAGAGUGUGGAGUACAGUCAGGAGACAAUGGACCAGGUUGUGCAAAGAGUAAAACAAAUGCAGGCCGACAUGGGUGGCACUGAGAUUCUGCAGCCUCUAAAACACAUCUACAGCCAGCCUUGCAUCCCUAACCACCCCAGACAGGUAUUCAUUUUCACUGAUGGAGAGGUGGGGAACACCAAGGAUGUUCUUCAGCUCGUGAGAAGCAAUGCUGAUUCCCACAGGUGCUUCUCAUUUGGAAUUGGGGAAGGUGCAAGCACUGCGCUCAUCACAGGAAUGGCCCAAGAGGGAUCUGGCCACGCCCAGUUUAUCACAGGCGCUGAUCGCAUGCAGUCCAAAGUCAUGCAGUCUCUCCGUUAUGCUUUACAACCAGCUGUGACUGAUAUUGCAGAAGUGUGGUCAGUCCCAGAGGGCAUGUCUGUCACUCUUCUGAGUCCACCCGUGAAAGUACUCUUCAACGGUCAAAGGGCACUAAUUUAUGCCCAGCUGAAAGGAAAGGCCUGUAAGAGCUCAGAUUCUACGGGGACUCUAACAGUGCAGUAUCGCCUAGUAGAUCAACAUGUCACAAACACACUCAGCUUCUCUCUCAAUCCUGCAGAGAAUACCGGACUGACCAUCCACAGGCUGGCUGCACGGUCGCGAAUCCGCUCUUUGGAGCAGGAGCAACAGGCGGAGGGUGACGGCAAGGAGGAGCUGAGGGCCAGAGUGGUGGAGCUGAGUGUGCAGGCUGGAGUGAGCAGUUCCCACACAGCCUUCAUCGCCAUCCACAAGGGCAGCGGAGAGGCUGUGAAAGGGCCCCUGCUGAAGAGGAGACUGCCUGGGUUUUCGAUGAUGGCUAUGCCACGUAUGCAAACAUGUUGUGCAGCAGCGCCACUAAUGGCUAUGCCAAAGAUGAAAUGUGGGUCACGAAGGCUAUGCAUGGCUCCAAUGGCAUCAAUGCCAAACAUGGCACAAAUGGCACCGGACUUGAAUUUGGAUUCUGUAGGUGUGACCCCUAAUUUCCUCAGGAUUUCUGAUGACUCUGCAUAUGAUGGUGGAAUAAAUGAAGAACCUUCAGACCCCUUGCUCCAGCUCAUCUCCCUCCAAGAGGCUUCAGGCUGUUGGAAAAUGGAGUCCACACUGGCACAGGUGUUUGGAAAAACAAUAGAGGAGGUGACCAAGCAGAUGCCUGCAGAGGUGGAACCAGGGAUCUGGGCUACAGUUCUGGCUCUGAUCUGGUUACAUGGCUUUAAAAUGGAUGCUCAUGAUGAGUGGCAGUUUUUGGCCAUAAAAGCAGUUUCAUGGAUUCGCAGUAGGAAAGUUGCCAACCUGUCUGAAUGUGUACUUGCUGCUAAUGCUGUACUGCAGUGUCAGGUUAAAGAAGAGGCUCUUGGUUUCUGAAGCCCUUACCCUCUAUAUUUCUGUUUGAUGUCUCUUAAAUUCUAAAUAAUGUAAUGAAGGGGUUUCAGAGGGUGGAAUUAUCAGUACAAUAACCAGAAAGGCCUUAUAGUCCAUUAGACUUCUGCUGACAAUUUAAUUUACUCUAUGCUGUUAAUUCAGAAAUUCUUCAAUUUUUAGAUUAUCAUAAAUGUUAGAUCAUUUGGCUUCAAUUCAUUUAUUUAUUCACCAGGUCUUUUGCACUGACUGCAUGCUUGUUAUAACAUCUGUAACUAUGUAGUUUUGGGUUCAUCCAUUUUCUUUUUUUAUGUCUGUCAGUAUGUCUGAACAAUCUUCAGAAACAUCUGUAGUCCAGUUAAAGUUAUUACAGUCUUUUACUGUAAUAACUAAAUAAUUACUAAUUACUAUUGUUGAAAACACAACCAUUUCUAAUUUUACAAGUGUAUCAUGUGAACGAAAUUUUAAAAAGAAAUGACUGUUAAAGGAAUUGUUCAGGAAUUAAAUUAUGAUUAUGCACAAUAGAAAGUUAUGUAACUACCUAUACGGAUUUAUAUUAUAUAUAGCUGCCAGUGAAAUCACAAAUAACCUUAGUGCAUGAAUGGAGGUUUUAUUACUCAAUGUUUGUGGAGGAGUUUGAAAGUCAAAGGUUGCACCAUAAGAUGUCACCCUAUCAAUAACCUGUAAAUAACAAGGUGAAAAUGUGUCAACAAAAUACUAUCUAAAACAAUAAAGAAAAAUAAUGAUUGUC